GACAGAGAGGAGUACGACGACGGAGAAAAAUACAUGAAAAAGAAUAUGUUGAACUUUUGUAAACUGCGUCCUGUGCUCUCUCUUAUAUAAGGAUGUGUGUAUCUACCCUGGAAACGCGAUUCACGCCUCUUACUGAUGCCCACAACCGAUUUAUUCUUUUUUCAAAGUUAAAGAGCACCGUGAAAACUGCAACAAAGGACAAACACAUUUCACAUAUACAACUCUCAAAUCAUUUCCUACACAAAGGUAAACAAAUUCAUCGCAAUUCAGUCGCAAUAAUUACCGUCUACACCUGUUUAUCCAGUAGUAGACAGUUCUCUUUCGACCACUUUCUCUCUCCCGCUUCUUCACUCACAACUUAGCAGAUCUCGUGUUACUCUAACCAGAAGUAACCUUUCACAAUAAUUUAAUUUGACUCAAACAGUUAAUAAUAAGAUGGAAGCAGAACCAUGAACUUAGGUGCAGGGAAUUUCAUUAUAAAUUUAUGUGAACAUAAUAAAGAAAACAAUCAGAAAUCGUGUUGCCAUGGUAACAAAUUGUUGUACUGAGCGUCAGCUACAAUGUGUUUUCCUCCAUGUAAACACAUCCAUUAUUCCGGGGUUUAGUGUCUCCAGGGUCUUACGGGGGUCUUACGUAAUUUCCAGACGACACUCCAGCUCAUCAUGGCCUGGGAAUCUCCGUUCCCGCUGCCGGACGGUUAAUCAAGUCGUGUGCACAAACCCCUUUGUAAUCAUCAACUACGUGACAGCGUGCAGCGUGACAGGCACAUUUUGCACCCGGUCCUGAUUUCUGCUAUAAAAAGAGACGCCCAUUCACAGCGGAGUCACAACACAAACUCUACAGAGAUAGAGAAGACAAGUGCUUCAUACUCUGAAGAACAACCAGACAUCAGCUGUCCAAGAUGGACCCUUGCGAGUGCUCUAAGACUGGAACCUGCAGCUGCGGAGAAUCCUGCUCCUGCACAAACUGCUCCUGCACCACCUGCAAGAAGAGCUGCUGCCCAUGCUGCCCAUCCGGCUGCAGCAAGUGUGCCUCUGGCUGCGUGUGCAAAGGGAAGACAUGUGACACCAACUGCUGUCAGUGAGGAGCCUGCACCAUCGGCACCCCCUGCCCCUUGUGAUGGAGCCAUUGUGAACUACUAUGUAUUGUAUUUUGUACUUGUCUUUCAGUGUUUAAAUAAACAUAUUUUGGCAAUGUGA